CUCAUCUCCCUCACUGCACACGAGUCACUAGCACCAUCUGCGUGCGUCUCUCGAGCAAGCAAGCAAAGCUUCCCCGCGCGCGCCGCCAUGGGCAAGGCCAGGAUGCUCUUCGCACUCUCGCUAGUCGUCGUCCUGCUCCUCGUCGAGACCACCGCUCCCCAUGGACAGGCUCACGCCAUCGACUGCGGCGCGAGCUGCUCGUACCGGUGCAGCAAGUCGGGGCGGCCCAAGAUGUGCCUGAGGGCGUGCAACACCUGCUGCCAGCGCUGCGGCUGCGUCCCCCCGGGCACCGCCGGCAACGAGAACGUCUGCCCCUGCUACGCCAACAUGACCACCAAGAACGGCAAGCACAAGUGCCCCUGAUCCACCGUGUCAUCCCCCGCAUCAUCGGCUUGCCAAGAGCCCAAGACAUGAUGCGGCCAUGAGACAUGCAGGAUACUAUACUACUUGUUCCUACCUAGCUAUACUACGUACUACCGAAUUACUGCCUACUAGCUAGCUAGCCAUCCGUGAUCCAUCAGUCAGUUCAUCGUGUAUGCGUGCUUCCGUGUGGUUUGGUUCGUUUGUCGUCGUCGUGUGUUCCCAUCAUACGUGAAUAAAUCAAAUCAAAUACAAAUAC